AUGUCCUUCAAGAAGGACGAGGAUUCUGGCGGCAUGUCGUUCUUGCAAGACAAGUCGACGGUGCUCCAGGAGGCGCGCGUAUUCAACGAGUCGCCCAUUUCGCCCCGCAAGUGCCGCGCAUUAUUGACCCGAAUCGUCUACCUGCUCUACGUCGGAGAGACCUUCAACACGCAUGAGGCUACGACCCUGUUCUUCGGCGUCACGAAGCUCUUCCAGAACAAAGAUGCCGCGCUCAGGCAGAUGGUCUACCUUGUGAUCAAGGAGCUGUCCACUGUGGCCGAGGACGUGAUCAUGGUUACGUCUUCGAUCAUGAAGGACAUGCAGCCCAACCUCGAGGUCGUCUACCGCCCGAACGCUAUCCGUGCUCUUGCCCGCAUCAUCGACGCGCAGAGCGUUCAGUCCGUCGAGCGCUUCUUCAAGUCUGCCCUCGUCGACCGCUCCCCUCCCGUCUCCUCUGCUUCCCUCGUCUCGUCCUACCACCUGUUCCCGAUUGCCAGUGCGAUUAUCAAGCGCUGGUCGAACGAGACUCAGGAGGCCGUCAACGCCAAGGCCGUCUCGUCUUCGUCAUACUCGGCCUCGUCCGCCGCGGCUUACAUCUCUGGCGGUGGCUCUAACGGCUAUCAGUCCGUUUCGAGCUCCAGCUACAUCAUGCAGUACCACGCCCUUGGUCUGCUCUACCUGAUCCGCGAGAAGGACCGUAUGGCCGUGACGAAGAUGGUUCAGCAGUUUGGCGCCGGCAAGCAGGCUACCGUUGUCCGCAACCCGAUGGCCAUCUGUAUGCUGAUCCGCUUCGCUCGCAAGGUCAUGGACGAGGACCCCAACGUUCAGAAGCAGAUGCACGAGUACCUCGAGGGCCUGCUCCGUCACAAGUCGGACAUGGUCAACAUUGAGGCGGCCCGUGCCAUCUGUGAGAUGCGUGGUGUCACCGACCAGGACCUCUACCGCCCGGUCGCCGUGCUCCAGCUCUUCCUGUCGUCGCCCAAGGCUGUCCUCAAGUUUGCCGCUGUCAAGACGCUUAGCAAGCUCGCUCAGACGCACCCCAACGCCGUUGCCUCUUGCAACCUCGACAUGGAGAACCUGAUUACCGACUCGAACCGCAGCAUCGCCACAUACGCCAUCACCACCCUCCUCAAGACCGGAAACGAGGCUUCGGUCGACCGCCUGAUGAAGCAGAUCUCCUCGUUUAUGACCGACAUUACGGAUGAAUUCAAGGUCAUCGUGGUUGACGCUAUCCGAUCGCUCUGCCUCAAGUUCCCGGCCAAGCAGGGUGUCAUGCUCACGUUCCUGUCUGGCGUCCUCCGCGACGAGGGCGGCUACGAGUUCAAGCACGCCGUCGUCGAGGCCAUCUUUGACAUGAUCAAGUACAUCCAGGACUCGCGCGAGGCUGCUCUCGCCCACCUCUGCGAGUUCAUCGAGGACUGCGAGUUUACCAAGCUCUCUGUCCGCAUUCUCCACCUUCUUGGUAUCGAGGGCCCCAAGACCCGCAACCCCACCAAGUACAUUCGUUACAUCUACAACCGUGUCGUUCUUGAGAACGCGGUCGUUCGUGCCGCCGCUGUCUCGGCCCUCGCCAAGUUUGGCGCCUCGGUCGACGAUGAGCACGUCACGAAGAGCAUCGACGUCCUGCUCCGAAGAUGUCUCGACGAUGUUGACGACGAAGUGAGGGAUCGUGCCGCCAUGUACCUGAAGGUGCUCGACGACAAGAAGCUCGCCGACACCUACGUCCGUGACGAAGCGACCUUUUCGCUCGCUCAGCUUGAGAGCCAGCUGGUUUCGUACAUCAACGAUGAGAGCAAGCACGGUGAGGCGUUCGAUGCUUCCUCGGUCCCCAAGGUCAGCCGCGAGCAGGCCGCUGCCGAGGUCGCUUCUGCUCGUCCCUCUGCCCUCGCUACCAUCGCCGACACCUCUGCUGCUCCCCAGAAGAGCGAGUCGCCGGCGCCCGUCUCUGCCGCCGAGGCUCAGUCGGCGUACGCUGCUCAGCUCGCCGAGAUUCCCGAGCUUGCCAGCUACGGCCAGGUGCUCAAGUCGUCAUCCAAGCCUAUUCCUCUCACUGAGGACGAGACCGAGUACGCUGUCACCGUCGUCAAGCACAUCUUCAAGGAGCACGUCGUAUUCCAGUUCAACGUCUCCAACACCAUCCCCGACACUGUCCUCGAGCAGGUCUCCGUCAUCCUCGUCCCCGCCGAGGAGUCCGGUCUUACCGAGGACUUUAUCAUCCCCGUUCCCAGCCUCACCACCCAGACCGGCGCCGGUGCCGUGUACGUCUCCUUCACGCGGGAUGACCCGUCAGAGUACGCCACGGGCGCCUACUCGUGCACGCUCAAGUUCAUCAGCAAGGAGGUUGACCCUUCGUCUGGCGAGCCCGAGGAGGAGGGAUACGACGACGAGUACCAGGUUGAGGACGUCGAGCUCGGUGCUGGCGACUACAUCACGCCGACAUACGCGACCUUUUCGUCCGAGUGGGACAAGCUCGCCAACGGCCCGAGCAUCACGGAGACGUUUGCGCUGUCGUCGAGUGAGAGCCUGCGCGAUGCUGUCAAGAGCUUGGUUGAGGUGCUCAACAUGGAGCCGCUCGGAGGAACGGAGCAGCCGACGUCGAGCAGUGUGCACACCCUUAAUAUGAGCGGACUGGUGUGCGGCGGAGGUGGCAAGGUCCUCGCGAGGUGUCGCAUGACCUUCUCACCAGGAGAGGGCGUCACGCUCGAGCUGGCCGUUCGAGCCGAAAAGGAAGAGGCCGUCAACCUUGUCAUGUCGGCCAUUUAG